CUCUCUGCCUCUGUCCGUCGGCUAGGCUGCGGCUUCACUCAACCUCCCCGGAACAAAACACAAGAAAAGAGCAAUGUCUGAGAAACUCCCCUUCAAAGUUGCUGACAUCAGCCUGGCCGAAUGGGGGCGUAAGGCCAUUGACAUCGCAGAGAAUGAGAUGCCUGGUCUGAUGAAGAUGAGGGAGCUGUACGGUCAAUCCAAGCCCCUGAAGGGUGCACGUAUCGCCGGCUGCCUCCACAUGACCCUGCAGACUGCCGUGCUCAUAGAGACCCUCACUGCCCUCGGAGCUGAGGUUCAGUGGUCGAGCUGUAACAUCUUCUCCACUCAGGAUCACGCUGCUUCUGCCAUCGCCAAGGCUGGUGUUCCAGUGUAUGCAUGGAAAGGUGAGACCGAUGAGGAGUACGUGUGGUGCAUAGAACAGACCCUGUACUUCAAAGACGGCCAGCCCCUCAACAUGAUCCUGGACGACGGAGGAGACCUCACCAACAUGGUCCACCAGAAGUAUCCCAAACUGCUGGCAGGUAUCCGUGGACUGUCAGAGGAGACUACAACAGGUGUCCACAACCUGUACAAGAUGAUGAAAAAGGGCGAGCUGAAAGUGCCUGCCAUCAAUGUCAACGACUCUGUCACAAAGAGUAAGUUUGACAACCUGUACGGCUGCAGGGAGAGCCUGAUCGAUGGUAUCAAGCGAGCCACUGAUGUGAUGAUUGCCGGCAAAGUCGCCGUGGUGGCAGGCUAUGGAGACGUGGGUAAAGGCUGCGUCCAGGCUCUGCGUGGGUUCGGUGCUCGCGUCAUCGUCACAGAGAUCGACCCCAUCAACGCCCUGCAGGCCGCCAUGGAGGGUUACGAGGUGACCACCAUGGACGAGGCUUGCAAGGAAGGAAACAUCUUUGUCACCACCACUGGCUGUGAGGACAUCAUCCUGGGACAUCACUUUGAGAACAUGAAGGACGACGCCAUCGUCUGUAACAUCGGCCACUUUGACUGUGAGAUCGACAUGAGCUGGCUCAACAAAAACGCUGCAGAGAAGGUCAACAUCAAGCCUCAGGUCGAUCGCUAUCUUUUGAAGAACGGUCGUCACAUCAUCAUCCUGGCCGAGGGCAGACUGGUCAACCUGGGCUGCGCCAUGGGACAUCCAUCCUUCGUCAUGAGCAACUCCUUCACCAAUCAGGUCCUGGCUCAGAUCGAGUUGUGGACGAACACCUCCAAAUACCCCGUGGGAGUCUACUUCCUGCCCAAGAAGUUGGACGAGCAGGUGGCUGCCGCCCACCUGGAUAAACUGGGGGUGAAGCUGACCAAGCUGUCUGACAAACAGGCCAAGUACCUGGGUCUGCCCACCGAAGGGCCCUUCAAACCGGACCACUAUCGCUACUGAGCCCCCACCCGGCCGGGGAAGAGGAGAAGGAGGUGUGGCCAAAAGGGUGUUGGUGUUUUGGUGGGUGGGAGCACUUGGAGAGUUUGGCCAGGUUGCACUCUGGGCGCCAUCUUGGUUUUGGACUUCCAGCUGUCAACUUUUCAGGGAUGCAGAGACAGUUUUGUUUUGUUUUGUCUCCCCCCCCCCCCCCCCCCCCCCCCUAAAUAACCUUCCAUGUCAAAAUGCUGAAUUUACAUCACAACCAACGCCUUGUUCAGCUUUACUGAGAUGAGCUCAAACCAGUGAACGGUGAAUCACUGAUCACGUCCAAGCCCGUAUCUCAUCUGAAAACAUUAAUUUGUCUCGUCACCAUCUUGUUUUGCUCCGACGCACACACCAAGACCUCGAGUCCUCGGCUUUCUCUCCUCUCUUUCCCAUCAGUGCUCUGCUACUGUGGCUGUUUUGAAGAGAAUUCCUCUUGUCGUUAAUGUCAUUCCCUCUCCAUUUAUGGAAUAAAACAAACCCUGCUGCUUUCCUACCUGCUCUCUUCUCUCCGUCUCGUCGUGGCUCGAGGUGGAAGGUGACAGAACAGGUCUUUCUUCUGUAUCUUAAUGAAUCGAGGCAAACGGUUUAGUGCACAGCGGCCUUAUUCCGGUGUAUUAAUGCUGCCCUUUGUUAGCACUUAUCGAAAACUGUACUUGAACUGUGCGAGGAGACUGGAGAUGCUCGUUGAAGUGCUCGUUGCGGCGGGGUGUGUUUCCGAACUAUCCCCGUUGAUUUGUAGAGAGUAAAGAGAAGCACUGCUGCCAAAGCAACCACCAAAGCACGUCAUGUUUUUUCCUGAAUUAUAAAAAUAGUCUUAUUCUUUCUGUUGACUCAUUUUUAGGGCUGGGCAUCGUUCAGAAAUAUUCAGCACCGGUACCUUGACUUCUGUACCGGUUCCUGAAGGAUACUUUUUUUCUGCUUCAAAUUUUAUAAAAUCCAUUUUAACAAAAGAGUUAAAUUACACAUGGUGGUACAGUGACUCCCUUCACGGGAGGAAGCUGUUCAAAGACCUGAGAGCAGCUGGAGAAACUGUUUUUACCCAAUCUGGAUAGCUGGACCAAAAUAAGGAAACUGAUGGAAUAUCUGUACACUACUGGGCCGUAUAAAAUAACUGUCAUAAGGACACAUUAUGGCAGCAAUACACCAUCGUGGCAUCUCGUCUGCCAAAUCCAACCAGAUGUUUGUGAUAUUGGGAAAUAGUGUCAGAGUGAGACCUCUUAGUCAGUGUUUUUAUUUUUUUCUGCAUACAUGCAUGCAUUGUUAAAUGCUGCAUGCUUAUUGGCUCACUGACCUUGAUGACAUUCACUCCUUAAGUACUGAAAUUUGGUACCAAAUGACGAGACAUUUGGUACCAGUCGGUGCCAUAAAAGUAUCAAAGCUCGGUACCCAGCCCUGCUCAUUUUCUUACUUUUAUUGUGAUUAUUUAAUUGAUUUGAAGGGCCAAAACAUGCAGCAACGACCCCCCUCCUCCUCCUUCACCACUACCACCACCACCAGGAGUUCCUUUAGUUUUCAGGAUGACGGUAAAGUGGUGGCCACUGUUCUCAACGGUCACAGCCUGAAGUUCACCUGCUUGUAAACAAUGGAUGGAUGUUGAAACUGUCCAGUUUGAAGAUGAAAAAUUAAAAACAAUCAUGCUGA